UGUAAAAAAUUAUCCAAACCAGUCGCGAAAAAGGAUAACGAUGGAAUCAAACCAGAUGGUGAUUUACCAACAGAGAUAAAUACCGGAAGUGAACGUAGAAACAAAUAUAUAAAAUUGAUUUACGAUGCAUUGCGUAAGACGAUUACGGAACCUGAUCCAAAUCUAAACGUGAGGCAGAAUAUUCUUGAUAUUGCUAUGCGAAUUGAAAAUAAAAUAUUUCAAAAUUCUGAUCAAAUGAUAAAUGAGGAUGAUUAUAAAAGAAAUUGUUAUUCAAAGUUAUGGAAUUUAAAGGAUAAAGAUAACCCUAAUUUCGUCAAAAAAGUUGCUUCUGGUGUGAUCUCACCGGAAGAUGUUGCAAACAUGACCAGCGAAGAAAUGGCAUCACCAGAAUUAAAAAGAAAGAAUGCAGCUGUACGACACCAAUGGUUCCAACAAACAAAAAGGCCACAAAUAGAUUUGAGACCUAUGAAGUUGGAUAGCGACGGUUCAUUAUGUGGUGCAUUUUCAGGAUCUGGUCCUACAAUUUGGGUACAACGUGAAGCUACCAACACUUUUACAAACGAUGACACUGAUAAUGAAUAUUACAAUAACGAUCGAUUUUAA